AGCUGAAAUUUUUUUAAACCAGUCAAUAUUCCAAUAUUUCCGUCGCGCUUCGGAUAUAGAAAAAAAAAGGAGAGAAAUAAACGAUAAUUCGGGACUGGCGAAUUGCAUGGUACUCAUAAAAACUGAGCGCGAUAAGAGAAUUCCGUCUCUGUGAAUUUCACAGUCGUUCCGACCACCUGCUUGCCUUUGAAAACAUAAAUGAAGCGGAAAACGUGCCUUAGAGACGAAGCGCGAAUAAUUCCGAAGUAAGAACGCUUUCUUUGAAAAUUUCUGUGCACUCGCGGAUUUGAUCAGGAAAAUACGACGAUAGACGAGAAAGAAGCGCAACGGUGUGCGUGGAUUUUAUUUCAACAAAUUCACUCGUACGAUCUCCGGCCUGAUGGAGUACGACAAAAAGACACCCGAGAGAAAAGAAGCGUCUCGUUUUCCUCAAUGAGAUCUGUUAGAUCUAUUCUCCCGGUGCAACAAGAUAAGAUCUGGUACACGCAACAAAAAUAGGGUCGUGCUUCGUACAGCUGGGCAUGCUACUGACAAAUGUGGAAAGGACGUGUCUGCUUCUGACGGUGAUCCACGUUUUGCUCGAAGUCGGUGCUGACACCUUCACUUUGGGGUACAUCACCGGCUCGAAACGACGUGUUAAGGACUUUGAAUAUCAACGACCAGGAUUCCGGAUAUCAGGUGCUAUCACUCUUGCCGUGGAAGAGAUAAACGCUGGCGAACUUGGUAAACGAGGGCAUAAGCUUGAUUUUAUCGUUGCUGAAACUUUUGGAGAAGAAGAAACCAGCAUUUUGAUGACAGCGGAUCUAUGGAGGAAAAACGUUAGCGUUUACAUCGGGCCGCAAGAAACUUGCAUUCACGAAGGCAGAAUGGCGGCUGCAUUUAACAUUCCAAUGAUAUCAUACUUUUGCACGUAUAAUGAAACGUCUAAUAAAAAGGAAUUUCCGACCUUUGCAAGAACAAGACCACCCGAUACACAGAUUUCAAAAAGCGUAGUUUCAGUGCUGCUGGCUUUUAACUGGACCAAAGUAACUUUUAUAUAUAUUAAUUCAACAAUGUUUGAGUUCAACAAAAUGUCCACGAUCGCAGCGACGAUUCUAAAGUCUUUUGAAGCUGCAGGAAUUACUGUAAAUUAUCGUCGUUCGUGGAGCGAACCAUAUUAUGGUUCAACAAACACGAAAAAUCCUUUCCACAAACAUGUUAGAGAAACGUAUCGAGACACACGAAUUUACGUUAUUCUUGGGCAUUAUUACGAACACAUGGGACUCUUGAUGGCUCUAGACGAAAUGAAUCUCUUGGAAAAAGGCGAAUACUGGGUUGUUGGUGUCGACAUCGAGCAAUACGAUGAGAAACAUCCGAAUAAGUAUCUACGCGGAUUGUGGCAAAAGGAAACGGAUUUGUCAAUCGUAAAUGCGUACCGCAGUUACUUCAGCAUCGUUGCGUCCACCCCAAUAAAUUUCAUGAAUUUCACUCGCCUCGUCAAUGAAUACAGACAGAAGCCGCCAUUCAAUUUUACGAAUCCGUUGGCAAACAUCGGAGGAAUAGUUCAGAUCGUGCCAGAAACAGCGUACCUGUACGAUGCUGUGCAUCUUUACGAGAAAUCGUUGCUGCGUGCACUCGACGAGAAUCGGGACCCUCGAAAUGGCCGGGAGAUGGUGUCGGCGCUACAUGGCGUUCAUUACCGAAGCGCAAUGGGAUACAUGAUAUACAUGGAUGAGAAUGGAGAUGCCGAGGGCAAUUACACAUUGAUUGCAUUAGACCAUCGACCUGUGAGAGGUUACGGCCUUUAUCCGAUUGGGUAUUUCGUUGGAAAAGAGCAAGGAACAAAUCUACCAAAGCUUCAAUUGAAUAAGGAAAUAUCAUGGAUCGGAGAUCAGGGACCACCGGUUGCAGAACCUUAUUGCGGAUAUCAUGGUGAAAAAUGUAAUUCUUAUACUGGCGAAAUUAUGGGAGGCAUCGUCGGUGCAUUGCUGCUCAUUAUCGCAGCGGUUUUUUUGAUUCUUUAUAGGAAUUGGAAGUAUGAACAAGAAUUGGAUAGUUUGCUGUGGAAAGUUAAUUAUAAGGACAUUCAAAUCAAGGAACAGAAGGAUGAAAUGAAAGCUACUGAGACGUCUGCAAAAUGUAAUUCCAAGUCAUCUACGACGCAACCUAUAGUGCGAACUAGUCAGGUGUCGCUAAGCUCUAAUCCUGACGCAGAUUUCCGAUAUUCAACUAUUUACACGGAAAUUGGAGUGUACAAAGGGCGAAUUUUUGCUGUUAAGAAAAUCAGAAAGAAAUCGAUUGAGAUAACACGAGAAAUGAAAAAAGAAUUAAAAAUGAUGCGCGAUUUAAGACACGAUAACUUAAACGCCUUUAUCGGUGCCUGCACUGAUCCGCCUAAUAUAUGUGUCAUCGUCGAAUAUUGUGCACGUGGUAGUCUGAAGGACAUAUUGGAGAACGAAGAUAUAAAACUCGAUAAUAUGUUCAUGGCGUCUCUCGUCGGCGACAUCAUUAGAGGUAUGAUAUAUCUUCAUGAGUCAGUCAUAAAAUAUCAUGGAUCGCUCAGACCAUCAAACUGCCUUGUGGAUUCGCGAUGGGUCGUAAAACUCGCAGAUUUUGGCCUCCAUGAAUUCAAGCGGGAUGCGGAAUGCGAUCCCUCUGAUGUCAUAAAAAAAUAUCACGGAUUGUUAUACAAAGCACCUGAAUUAUUACGCUCUACUCGUCUGGGAGAACCAACUGCUCGUGAUUUUCAGAAAGGAGACGUUUAUUCCUUUGCUAUAAUAUUGUAUGAACUUCAAGGACGUCACGGGCCAUUCGGUGUCACGGAAUUAUCAGCGGCCGAGAUAUUGAAGAAAGUAAUCGCGAGAGAUUCUGAAAUAUCACCGUUUAGACCACCGUUGAAUCAACUGGAGAAUACGUUCGAUUUCGUUCGUGACUGUUUGCUCCAAAGCUGGACGGAAAAUCCUGAUUUUCGACCAGACUUCAAAAUGAUAAGGAACAAAUUAAGACCGCUACGAAAGGGCAUGAAAGCAAAUAUCUUCGACAACAUGAUGGCAAUGAUGGAAAAAUAUGCAAAUAAUCUUGAAGCACUCGUUGACGAGCGAACGGACCAACUAACUGAAGAAAAAAAGAAAACAGAUGCAUUACUACACGAAAUGUUACCGCGCUAUGUAGCUGAUCAGUUAAAAAAGGGACACAAAGUAGAGGCUGAAAGUUUCGACUGUGUUACCAUUUAUUUCAGUGAUAUAGUUGGUUUCACGUCUAUGUCUGCGGAAAGUACGCCGUUACAAGUGGUUGAUUUUCUUAAUGACCUCUAUACAUGCUUUGACUCGACGAUAGAAAACUAUGACGUUUAUAAAGUCGAGACUAUCGGGGACGCUUACAUGGUGGUGAGCGGUUUGCCGAUAAGGAACGGUAUUCAGCAUGCUGGUGAAGUUGCUAGCAUGUCGUUGUGCCUUCUAGAUGCUAUUAAGCAAUUUACUAUUCGUCACAGACCACUUGACAAGCUGCAACUCCGCGUAGGAAUACACUCCGGACCAGUAUGCGCAGGGGUGGUUGGUUUAAAAAUGCCUCGCUAUUGCUUAUUCGGUGAUACAGUGAACACUGCCAGUCGUAUGGCGUCGACAGGGUUACCGCUGAAAAUUCAUUGCAGCACUGAGACGAAGCAGCUACUGGACCAGCUGGGAGGAUUCAGCCUCGUCGAACGUGGGGUAGUUUCAAUGAAGGGCAAAGGCGAGCGUUUAACGUACUGGUUAAUCGGAGAGGAUCCAAUAUUACGCAGCAAGCGUAGCAAGGAAAGAGCGAGCAAACAAAGCGGCGAUAGCAAGAAGACAAGCGUGACGGAUUCUCUGGUUCCUCGAAGUUCUUUGAAAAACAAGUCCCUCGUCAGAUCGACUUUCAUGAGAUGUUCCAGCGAGUCCCCGAAACGCUUGCGAUUCGCCAGCUCGGAUCAGCUGGACCAAAAGGGCUCCAGGGUGAGCCAACUGGAAUCGAUAGUCGACAAUAGUCCAUGUAAGACGAAGGUUUCGUGCGUGUUACGCUCGUCCUGCAUGGAGAAUUGGCGAUCCUCCAGCAAUUCGUGUCCCUGCGUCGAGAAGCUCUGCGAUCAGGAGACUCAGCCGGAACUGAUAAAACACGAAUUGUCGUCGGACAUCAAGAACGUGCCACUGCUUCGCACCAAUCUGAUCUUCGGCAACGAGUCGUAUCUUCUGCGACCCGGGACCAAGAAUUUUCGCUUCGGUACACCUGGGAUACUCCAGAUUACCUGCAGAUCGGCCCCUAGCAGCCCCAAGCAUAGCACGGCACAGCUGAACGCUCAGAAAAGAGCGGCGCAGUCGAACGAAGAGAUCGAUGGGUGGGAUGCGAUGACACCAUUAAUCUAUUAUCCGGGUGGUCGCUUGGAUUCAAAGAUUUAAAAUCGACUCGAACGACAUCACAAACGUGCGUAGCAAAAUAUUUAUAAUUCGUAUUACAUAUUAUAUAUUUAGGAAUAUCUGUAGGGCUAAUUUGACAAUCGAUAAUUCCGCAAACGGUAUACGUCGGAUUUUCCAAUUAAUGCCAAUCACUAACUUUGUAUAGUUAGUACAUUUUUAACGAGAUUUCUCGCUUACAGUACACGAUGUACCAAAGCGCACUGCACGUACAAAUUAUCGCACGUAAAUAUUAAUAUAUUAUUUAUAGCUAAAGUAGAGACAAUGAUAUACGCAUGUUCAUAUUCCUUUCUCUUCCAACAUAUAACGACAAUAUAUUCCUUAUAUUAGCAUAGACAAUCAUAAAGGCUCGUGCUUCUUAAACAAAUGUCUAGUCAAUGCUACUUUAAAUAUCAUAUUUGUCUCUGAGUACUUUUAUAUAACUGUCAAACAUUGUAUAAGAAUGAUUAAUUCUUCUAACAUUAUACAAGAAGAUCCAAUUAAUCGUUAGUAACUCAAAAAAGGUAAAAGUAUUAUUUCUAAAUAUUUUCAGAUAAUCCAUCCGUAUAUGCAUUAUUUAAUAAAUGUUAUAUUUACUUUCAAAGAAAGAUUUGUUCUACUAUUUAAAUGUAGCACAUGUACAAUUUAUUAAAUAAUAUCGUAUACAGGUAGAUU